AUGAUGUCCAGAAGCCAGUCGAGUCUGGGCUUUAUGGACUCCGGGAGGGAAGACCUCUCGGGGUCAGGGGUCCUGCCUGGGCAGCAGCAGCCGCCUGCGAACUCGGGCCCCAUCAACCUAUCGGGUCUGGUGUGCAAUGUCCGCCGCACGACAGGCAGAGAGCCGCACCCCCUAGUCGGGGCCACCACGACGAUAUUGGGCGACAAACUCUACGUGUUCGGUGGCCGUGUCCUGUCCAAAAGCCGCCCGCAACUGACGUCGGACAUAUACGAGCUGGACUUGAUCCGGCGUCACUGGACGAAGAUCGAAACCACCGGCGAUGUUCCUCGCCCGCGCUACUUCCACAGCGUCUGCGCGCUGGGCGAUCAGAAGCUGGUGUGCUAUGGCGGCAUGUCGCCUGCGCUGAAUGAACCGGCCCCGAACGGCUCAAACGGACAGGAGGCCCAGCCUGAGGUUGUGGUCAUGUCCGACAUACACAUAUUCGACGUGCCUUCACGGACAUGGACCCGUGUUACCGCCAUCGACUCCCCCCAGGGCCGCUAUGCCCACUGCGCCACGAUCCUGCCGUCCAGUGCCCAUUUCACCUCCGCCAGUGCCCCCUUAUCUGCGAUCCACCACAACCCCGCGUCGUCAAAUCCACACCAGGGGUCAAUCGGAGUGGAUAUCGAUGGGACUGGAGGCGCCGAAAUGGUAGUCGUCGGAGGUCAGGACAGUUCAAACCACUACAUUGAGCAAAUCAGUGUAUUCAAUCUGCGGAGCCUGAAAUGGACCAGCACCAGCCACCUAGGGAGAAGCUGUGGCGCUUAUCGCAGCGUGGUGGCUCCAUUAGUUGGCAUGAAUGUUUCCGACAUCGGGUCGGCUGCGGAGGAGCCGGAAGUACAGGAACCGCUGGAGGAUUCGCAGGUCGACGGAUGUCCGAUGUUGGUCUACUCAAACUACAACUUCCUGGACGUGAAACUGGAGCUCCAGGUGCGCCUAGCAGAUGGCCGACUGGUCGAGAAGCCUAUGCCCAGCCAGGCCUCGCCUCCGGGGUUGCGGUUCCCCAACGGAGGAGUCAUCAACGGGCAUUUCGUCGUGAGCGGAACCUACCUGACCUCCUCCAAGCAGGAAUACGCCCUCUGGGCCCUCGACCUCCGGACCCUUACCUGGGGCCGCAUUGAUGCCGGCGGGUCUGUGUUCGGCCACGGCAGCUGGAACCGCGGCGUCCUGUGGUCGCGAAGAAACACCUUCGUCAUCCUAGGCCACCGCAAGCGCAGCCUGGUUGAAGACUACAACCAUCGCCGCAUCAACUUCUCCCACGUCUGCAUGGUGGAACUCGAGGCCUUCGGGCUCUACAACAACGCGUGCCGCGCGGCGCCCACAUCAGGUUACAUGUCAUACAGCGCGCCAUCCAUUCCCGCGUCCAUGCAGCACAAACUGACCAAACUCACCUCCGGCGGCCGACCCUUCACCUCCGCGUCCGACGAACUCGGGCGCUUCGUCCAGUCCCUGCCCGAGAUGGCCGACAUGGAGCUCCAAGCCGUCGGCGGCGAGCGCAUCCCCGUGAACUCGCGCAUCCUGACCCGCCGCUGGGGCCCGUACUUCAUCCAGCUCCUCCGCGAAUCCUGCGACGGCAGCGGCGUCUCCGAAACCGCUACCCUCCGUCCCUCAGUCGCCGCCACGCACCGCAACUCCAGCAUCACCAUCACGCCCUCCAUCGGCCAUAACAGCACCUACUCCACGGCCAGCACCCUAGUCAGCAACCGCUCCGUCACCUCCAAAUCUCUCCUCGCCAACCUCGAGAUCCCCUCCGCCCAUAGCCUCUCGCCGACUUCCCGCCCCCGCGUCCUCUACCUCCCCCACACCGUCCUGACCCUCCAAGUCCUCGUCCACUACUUCUACACCUCCUCCCUCCCCCCCGCCAACUCCCCCUCGCGACGCCCCAAAUCCUCUGCUCGCUCCUCCAACUCGCCCGCCCCUAUCAACGGCCUCGGCGGCACCCUCGAAGCCCUGAACGGCGCCCACCUCGCCACCCUCGAAUCCGUCGCCACCAGCACCACCACAACUGGCACGACCACCGGCACGACCCCCUCCCAUCAAAGCCACCUCACCUCUGACUCCUCCGACACCGAACACGGCACGUCGACCAUCUCCGCCACCAGCUCCGCCACCGGCAGCAACACCACCGGCUCCCGCGGCAUCCCGCUGCGCAUCAACACGAACAUCUUCAGCCGGCGUCAGCGCAGCACCGCCGGCCUCGACCGGGAGACUGAACGCGAACGCAAACUCAUGCUCGAGCGGGAACGGGAACGGGAACGUGAACGUGAACGUGAACGUGAGCGCGAGCGUGAGCGCGAAGACUCCAUUAGUAAUGCGAGUACAUCCACCUCUGUCUCCAGUUUAAACGAUCACUCCGAUUCCGAGAUGGUGGGGUCCUCGUCCAGGAGGAAUACGGAGGCGGAGAUGCGGCCCGAGAGGGAGAUCUGGACGGGCGAUUUGAGUUGUGUUAUUGGACUGCAGAAGCGGGGGCUCAGGGGGUUGAUGGAGGGGAGGAGGCUCAGGGAGAGGAAUGUUAGGCCCUCGGCUAGUUCGGGUGGUUUGGAUGUUGUGGCUGCGAAUAAUCAGGUGCAUGUGCAGCCUUUGGCGGGUGGGGUUUAGGGGGCUGGGUGGUUGUAACGUGGAAUCUCCAUGUGAGUGGUUGGGGGAUGGGGACGAUGAACGGCGAUGAUGUAGUGCAUUGAUUGUGCAUUCGUUACUCUGGAUAUUUAGGGUGCCUUUAUCGAGUGGUACAGUGUCG